GGAAAAUAGUGUGUAUUGGUGUGUGUAAUUAAGAAGUCAAAUUCCAACAAAACACUAAAACUGAGUAGCGCAUAAUAAUUGGGAAAAAUAUAGUUUCAGUGCUAUGGAUUUACGUGGGAUUGUAUUAAAGUUUCAAUUUAAUGUUUAGGAAAUAGUAAAAUGCAUUUUUAACUAGAAUAAUAUAUUAAAGAAAUAUGUAAUGUGAAUAUAAGAAAACUAAUCUCGCGAAAAACGAAAGAUACAAGAAAGUGUCACAGGUCUAUUGCAACUGCUAAAAAGCGGAAAGCGAAAAGAAGAUAGUAAAAGAAUAAAAAUAUCGGGGUUCAUUAAAACAAAGUUCUUCCAAGGCAUUGCCGAGCAUAAAAAAUGUCCAAUUCGACGUCGUGCAAAUCAGAUCUUAGCACUUCCAACAGUAACUCUACACAAUUAUCCUCAAGCAGUAAUAAUCACAAUUGCAGUAGUAACACUAACAAUGCCACUAACAAUAACAAUGCCGAGCAGCCCCAAACAAAAAGACAAAAAAUUGAAAAAAUCAGUAAAACCAGUAGAGUUAAGUCGGUUUCUUCCAAGGCAACGGCUGUGGCAGAGGCAAAAUGUUCUCCCCCACCAGACAUUAUUGACACCGGCGGAGUUAAUGCAAUGCAAGCAAACAUCAAUGUCAAAUUAUUAAGUAAUAAUAAUCAUCAACAGUUACGAUGUUCCUCGCUUUCGUCAUCCGCCAAUUCAAUAUCCACACCCAGUUCUACUAAUAAUUCUCCUACAUCCACACCGAGUGGAUCACGUGCUACUUCAUUGUCUCAUUUAUUAAAUGAACAAGGCAAUGCAGCACAAAUUUUGCCAGGAAUUUUAGAUGUCACAAGUAGUACAAGUUCCGCAGAUAUAUUAAAAAAACAAGAAACACCCUUAAAGAAUGCCGAUAUUAUUGGAAAAAGCAGUAGUACUAAUACAACUGGUGUAAGCUCUGACGAAGUCGAUCGAAUACCAUUUCAGAUGCCUGAUUUACUAUCUAUAACUGUAAAUACAAAUAAUACUAAGAUAUUAACGGCACAAACGAUAGAGCAAAAGAUGCAGACAAACGCAAGUCUGACGUUAGCGGCAACACAUUCAGAGGACAUGCGCGAAUUCGAAGCCUCCUUAAAUAAGCAGUGCCUUUGCGGUGUAUCCGAACGUACACUACGAAAGCCUUUUCAGUCACAUUACUCGAUCGACACAAAUGGGCAAAAGCGCAUUGCGAAUCUUUCGGAAUGGCCGACGGAAAAGCUUUUGCAAUUUCUUUCUAAUUUACAGCUUUUGUUCGAUAUAUACCUUAAACAAAAUUCCAAAGGUUUUAUAUGUGCAAGAAUAAUGGACGUCUGCGACGUUCUCAUUCGUAACGAUCAUAAUCUUAUUGAUGAAAUAAUCGUUUUGUCUAGUUACAACAAUGAAUAUGUACAGUUUUUAGCUGCUAGAGUAUUGGCAUCAUUCUUGGUGAUUGCAAAGCAAGAGCUGGAUGAUAAUUGGCUUAAAAAAUUGGUUGAUAAUCUUUUUAGCUUUGAGCGAUUGGAUAGCUCGGCAGUUCAAAAAAUUCAUUUUAGUUUGGAAAUCAUCAAAAGAAUAGUUGAAUGGAAAGAUAUGGAUUUGCACCCACUUGAAGACGAAAUCGUUGACACCCAGGUGGGUAGUGAUGUUUCUCCGGAUCAAAGUAGAAACACAUCAUUCGGCAACACAAAUGCUAAUGAAGAAAGAGACACUUUGGAGAACGAAAGAUUUUUUCAUUUCCAACCACAGCAACCAACAUUGGAAACGAAUUAUUUUGCAUUGCAAUUUCGUGGUGCACUUAACGAUGCAGUUGACCACGAGGAAGGACUAGACGGUGCGGAGGAGGGAAUCGAAAAUGAUGAGGAUGAGUUGGAUGAUGACGUGUUAGAGGAGAGUAUGGUUCAAGCGCAUGCGCGAAGACACCAUCACCAUUUAUCACAAAUGUCGAUGCAACAUCAACAUCAGCAGCGUCAACACCAUCUUCAACAUUUUCCCUCCUAUGAUAUUAUUGAAAGGACAAUACAAAAUAACACAAGCUUUCUUCCCACAAUAUCAUAUGACCCAUCUAAUGCUGUACCGCACUUCGUCAGUGCUCCUUCACAUCUAUUUGAACAGCACGUAAUUCAUCAAAAUCACGUUGAUGAUCAUUCCCAUGCGCCGUCUUUAAAUACUCAUGCAACACACUUUUCGAGUAUUCACAAUCCAGCAGAGCUGAAUGUGAAUAUUGGCGAUGUUGAAGAGCCCCAAACAAAUUCUGUUUCCAGCUCUUUUGUAUCAUCAAGUUGUCAAAUAAUCACACUUACGGACUCUGAGAGUUUCGAUACGUCACAUUUAAAAGGUGUCACAAUUAAAAUACUCGAAAAUAAGUGGCCUGCAUUGGUAAAGAAUAUGAAAGCUCUUAUUGUUAAUCAUAUGCAUAUGGAUCAUGCGGAGCAUUGCAUAUUAAAUUUCCUACAGCUGUGGGAAAACAUAAUUUCAGUUAAGGCGAAUCUCUCUGUGGUCGAAACUCGCCCCUUUUAUGCCCAGUUGGAUAAAUUUGAAUUACUUUUGCAACAACAGCAACUUUCCUGUACUGUUUAUAAACAGCUACUAUGUUUAUUUAAUGAAGCAUUGUGUUACGGCUCCACACUUGCACUGCAGGACAUGCUGCCAGUCGAGACGUGUCAUUUAGCGCAAAGAAUUGUGCGACAUGUGAAGGAGGCACGUAUUUUAGACUCUCUACCGCGUCGUCAACCUGAAAAUAUGGUCAGUUUUUUGGGCUUCAAGCGUCCAGCUGUUGCUUAUUUAGAAGGUAUGCCAUGGAAUCCGAAGCCGGAACGAAGUACAGCACAAAUGUGUGGUUCAACGCCGCACUGCGGUGAAAACAUUGGUUUAUCCACUCCGAUGAAUCGAGAAUUCUCUAAUAACGAAAGCAUUCCAAAUUCUUCAGGAAUAUUGUCAGGAGGUCCAAUUGAGCUUGACGCCAAUGCCAUUGAAAUGGAUAAAACAAUUUUACAAAAAAUGGUGCUUCUAGUUCUGAAAUCUGUAGCUGUAACUGUUAAAGAGAUACGAAGUGAUUCUUCGGAUUCCUCGAUCGAUUCUCAAGACUGCGACGCCUAUCAAGAUAUGGUGUUGAUUGAGCGUUCCAUACGCGAUGUUUUACGAAAAUUGGAGUCAUUUAUAAAGCACAAAUUAGAAUUUCAUCCUGAGUGUCACUUUAGCAAAAUACUCAUACAUCUUUUCGACGAUCAGGAUGAUCAUUUAAUUGAAGCUAUGGUGUGUACCUUGGACGUCACAGCAGGCAUAUCCUUUCGCAAUAAUGCAUUCCCUGAACUCGUGUCCAUGUUGAAUCCGGUAUAUACAUUCUUAGAGUUCCUCAAAAUGAUUUCCAACAGUUCAGACCUCUUACUGGAUCUACUGGUCAGCAAUGAAACUUGUUUUCUACUCUAUCUCCUACGACUAUUAAAAUAUAUACGAGCAAAUUGGGACAUGUUUCUACGUAGUUGUCACGAUUUUGGAAUGGGAUCACCUGUCCUCGAUGAAGCAAUGAGUGUGUUGAUACGAUUGCGUCUGCACAUCUCCCGAUUAGUAGCUCGACAAUUGUAUCCCUACGAUAUUUCACCGGUGCUGCGGCUACUGGAAAGCUGUGAGAGCCUUUAUGAGGGCAACGAACGUAGCUUAACAUAAAAUGUUCCUUGGGACCUUUUUUUAUUUUAAUCAAAAAUCGCCUAAAAUACUUUAUCGAAGAAGUUAUUUAUUUAUUUUGUAUUUAAUUUGUUACGAUGAUGAAUAUUGUUCUAUAUAUCUUUAUAUAUAAGCCUUAAACAUACGAACAUUACUGUUAAAAUGAAAGACUUGAAUAACUUUAGCAAAUAGCAAUUUUUAGUGAUUUAAAAUAUUUGGUUUUAAAUCAAACGGUAAACAACUUAAAUCUUAAUAUAAGCACUUCUAAUUAAUCCAAUUUAAUUUGUUGUUUAGUGCCUUUUAUUAAAUGAAUUUAAGUAGCAUUAACAUUAUAAAAUAACUACAAAUAUAUUGGUUUUAAUUAGAAAACCUUGAUAAUUUGUUGUUGUAAUUGGUCUUGCCUUAGCUUAAGUUGUACCAUUCUAAAUUUAAGAUAACUUUAUAUAUACUUCGUAAAUUAAAUAAUUCUUAAUUGUUAACAUAUCAGCACAAUGCAUAUGUUCUUUUAUAUAUUAUUUUAUUAAAUUAAUAUAUAGUAUUUAAUAGCUUGUUUAAUUUAAAACUUAAAUGGAUGUAAAUACGAACUUCCAAGAAUGCAUAUAUACAUAUGUAUAUAUAUAUAUACUUAUUUAAAUAUAACGGACGAAUGUCACACUAAUUUUGAAAUAUACCUUUGGUAUUUAACGGAAAUCGAAACAUUAUUUUUUUAUAACACCAAAAAAAUCAUGUACAUACUUACAAUAUUUGUAAUAGUUUUUAAAAGUUUUUACAUAAUAAACAAAUCUUUUAUAUUAUAAUUAUAAAGAAGAAA